UUCCCUUCCUUCAUCCUUCAGCUUCUUCUUCUUGUUCUUCCUUUCUCAUUUGAAAGUUAUGGUUGAAAGUUCUCCAUUGAUUCCSGCCAUCUACGUCUUUGGAGACUCUUUGGUUGACGUCGGAAACAACAACUACCUCAAUAUUUUGGCAAAAGCCGAUUUUCCUCACAACGGAGUGGACUUUCCAGACCAACAAUACACCGGCAGGUUCUCUAAUGGAAAAGUCGUUCCCGAUUUUCUCGCUGAGGAGGUGGGUUUGCCACUUCUACCACCAUAUCUCUCCCUUGUAGACGGGAACGGAACCAUAACAAAUGCGACUUCGUUUAUAACCGGCGUCAACUUCGCCUCAGGAGGAUCUGGAAUUUUGAACGAAACAAGACUAGGUUUUAACAAGGUUCAGAUUAAAAAUAAUAUCGAGAUGGUAGAGAUUGAGAGAGACCGACCGAUGCCGAUGAGCCAACAAAUAGAUUUAUAUUCAUCAGUGUAUGAAUAUGUAGUAGAAGAGCUGGGAUCCGAUGCGGCACAAGCACACUUUUCCAAAUCCCUGUUGGUGAUUGUGGUUGGAAGCAACGACCUGUUCAGUUAUUAUAUGACUGAUGCGCACAAUGAUACCACCCCACAGGAAUAUGUGGACUUGAUGGCCUCCACCUUUGAGUCGGAGCUUAAGCUUUUAUACAAGUAUGGAGCAAGAAAAUUUGUGGCGACUGCAGUUCCAUUAUUAGGGUGCACUCCAUCACAGAGGAUGAGCAUCCCAGGGGAAGAAUGCAAAGAUGAAAUGAAUUACUGGGCUGGAAAGUACAAUAUUGCCCUUCGGUUAUUGUUACAGAGAUUGGAAGUGGACCUCCCUGGCUUUUCCUACUCCUAUGCUGACAUAUAUGCCAUCACCUCUGAUAUUAUGCAAACUCCAUCUUCUUAUGGAUUCACAGAAAUUAAAGCAGCCUGUUGUGGGCUUGGGCCGUUGAACGCUCUAAUUCCCUGCAUACCGUUGGCGUCUCUUUGCCCAAAUCGAAAUGACCACCUCUUUUGGGACCCAUUCCAUCCCACCCAAAAAGUCAAUCACAUCGUUGUUGAUUACAUAUUUAAUGGAUCUAAUUUCACGUACCCGAUCAAUAUCAAGGAGCUCAUUGAUAAACCCACAAAAAGUAUUGGGUAUCAAUAUUACUAGCGUUCUAAACAAAGUAGAAGCUAAAUAAGUGUACCAAUCAUGUAAUCAUCUCUUGUCAAUGAAGAAGAACAUGUA